CACACCAAGUCACUUAGAGUUCAAUUAGACCAUUCGAAGUACGACUCCCAACCGGGCUUCCAUAAUCACUCGCCAAUCACAAUUCCCUGACCACUUUGCAAUUGUUUGGCGCGUCAAAGCAACUGCCAGCAAAGGUUGUGGGCUGUGUACUUUCUUUUUUCGGUUUGACGAAUGGCUUAAUUUUUCUUUUACUCGAUUCCAGAGGUCCAUAAUGACACACUUCAGUAUUGCUUCCAACCAAAAUAUAAUCUGUUAAAUUCUAAUUAUCAGUGAACAUAUCAAGUGCUUGAUAAUUCAUCGAGUCGGAGGUUAUAAAUUUAAGCAACUAUCUCUCAAUCUUUCAUGUUCGAAUUGAUAUUCAAAUACAUCAAAUCUCAUUGUUAUUGCUGUACUGUACAAGACUUGGUUCAUUUCGUGUCCCAGUAAACGAAACAAGCUGUUAAAAUGGAUUCGGACAAUUCUGUUACCUGUGUCGUCACCAUAGAGUGGCUGCAAAACCAGGGAUCUGUUUCGAGGAAAGUAAUCCACAAGUCAGCUACUGUCCGUUUGAUUCGAAACAUCGCUAAACAAAUUCUUCUAGAAGUUAGACCAGGGAAAAGUAAGAGUCCUAUAGAAUUUUUGCUGCAAUCUUUCACCGUCUUCCAGAAGUUCAUCACCGAAGGAAAAGCAUCCAUAAAGUUCAUAGAUCUAAAGUGCACUGUGUUUCUAUCAAAUGCACCACCUGCACAGUUGAUAUCAUUUCUGAAAAUCAUAUUUAUCAAGAUGACUGGUCAGAUUGAAAAAGGAGUAUCAAAGAAUCCUCUUAGAGACCAGCUUCUCUCAAACAAACCUUUUCAAUCUGGUCAAGAAAUAAGUCCAGCUACUGCAGUUGAGGUGGAAAGAGCAAAACAGAAGGCUAUUGCUGGUUCCAGAGCAAGUAUUACCACUCCAUCCCCCUCGAAUGUAAGGAAAAGGAAAUUUAUCGAUCAUAGUCAGCCUAAGAUUUCAACAGCAAAAAAGUUAUACCAUAAUCCAACGGCUUGCGAAUUAACCGAGGAGCAGACUUCCAUACUUAAUGCAGCGUUAGGAGGGCAGAAUUUGUUCUUCACAGGGUCAGCUGGAACCGGCAAAUCUUUUCUGCUGCGGAGAAUCAUUGCAGCUUUACCACCUGAUGUCACCAUGGCUACUGCGAGCACAGGUGUAGCUGCAUGCCAUAUUGGAGGCAUAACGCUCCAUCAAUUUGCAGGGAUUGGGAUGGGGACUGCAUCUCUUGAAAAAUGUUAUGAGCUAGCAUCCAGAUCAUCGGUAGCACAAGUAUGGAGGAGAACCAAGUAUCUGGUGAUUGACGAAAUAUCUAUGGUGGAUGGAGUAUUUUUUGAUAAGAUCGAAGCAGUUGCUAGGAAGAUCAGAAGAAAUGAAAAACCUUUCGGAGGGAUACAGCUGAUUUUGUGCGGCGACUUCUUGCAGCUUCCUCCGGUUGUCAAAUAUGAUGGCAAGCUGACAUUCUGCUUCCAAAGCAAGUCUUGGAAGGACUGUGUUAAACGGACUUUUGAGUUAAAAAAAGUCCACAGGCAAAAUGACUCUACUUUUAUCAACAUUUUAAAUAGCAUCAGGAUUGGAAGAGUCACUAAAGAAAUCACAGAAACUCUUGUUGCCACUGCUAGACAACAGAUUGAAAAAGAUGGAAUCCUAGCCACCAGAUUAUGUACACAUAUUAACGAUGCUAAACUCAUUAACGAGUCCAAACUAGAUCAGCUUGAGGAAAAGUCUCGGAUAUUCAAUGCAGAGGAUUCCGAUAUCAAUGCAACAAAAAUUUUGGAUCAACAGCUACCAGUUCCUAGUAGCUUAGUCUUAAAAGUUGGAGCUCAAGUGAUGCUUUUGAAAAAUAUAAAUGUGGCAAAUGGUUUGGUGAACGGUGCUAGGGGUGUGGUAAUAAGAAUUGAUGCAGAUGCACCUGUGGUCCAUUUUCGUACUGGGAAAGAUUACAAGGCAAAAUCUGAAAAAUGGACAGUAAAAACAGUAUCUGGUUCUGUUAUUAGUCGAAAACAAAUCCCGCUGAAACUUGCCUGGGCAUUUUCCAUUCAUAAAAGUCAGGGGCUCACUUUGGACUGUGUGGAAAUGAGUCUUGGUCGAGUUUUUGAUGCUGGACAAGCUUAUGUCGCACUUUCCAGGGCACAAAACUUGCAAUCUUUAAGAGUAUUGGAUUUUAAUGCCACCCAGGUAUGGGCUAAUCCAGUAGUUCUUGAAUUUUAUAGAAAUUUUCGACGAGAGUUACAUGAAAUGGAAUUCAUUCCUUUGGGUAAAAAACCACGAAACAAAUAGUAAAACAUUUGUCAUUUUUUAAACACGUUUUUUACACACAUAAUUAUACGAUGAUUCUAUUCUUAUAUUAUUUUGCACUGUUAGUAAUUGCGAUGAUAUUUUUCUUUUUCUCAACAUCAGGUAAUAGCGCAUGACCAUAGUCUGACUGAGUAUUAGACCAUGAGUGAAAUAUUAUAUUAUUAUAUUUAGAAUCAGCCAAGUUGUGACAGUUAUUAUCACCAAUAAUUCAAUUUAGUGCAAUAAGGGUAAUAGAAAACAUCUCUAGCCAUGACUAAUUAUGAUAAGUAGACACUAAAAGUAAUGGUGAAAAGAUAAUUUUCUAGAGAUUUGUAUCUUCUUAUUUAUAAACCAUAAUUUUAUCUCAUCAUAUACCAAUAAAAAAUAUUAUUCAUA